GGAAGGCUGUAGAGGUAGGACAAGCUGAAGAUGACAGCUGAGAAAGAGCACACCACACUGAAAGUCAAGCCUCAAGUUAUGGCAGAAGAGGUUGAUGAAGCGAAAAUGCAGAUGUUAACAGGUGGUGCUUUUCUAACCACGGUGGCAACAGCUGGUAUGUUUGCGGGGUUUGGCUCCACCCUGGCAUUGGCGAAGAAGAAGAGUCCCGAAUGGUUCAGCAAGGGUAUGGUGGGUUCUGCAGUGGUACCGGAGAGCGGGGCGUCCUUGGCUCUGCGAGCCCUGGGAUGGGGCUCUCUCUAUGCCUGGUGUGGUGUGGGUCUGAUGAGCUUCGCUGUCUGGAAGGCCAUGGGCGUCCACAGUUUGGGAGAGUUCAGACAGAAGAUGCAGUCUUUCUUCCCUGCCAUCCCAAAGAACGAGGUCGCCGACACAGAGCCCGUCGACUGGGACUCCGUCUUCCAGACCAAAUCAUAAGGUCCCUACCUGCCCUGAACCUCAGCCUCCGCCGCCAACAGGCGACUUUAGAAAAACAGAUUUAAGGGACUCCACAGCCAUGCUCUCUCAUGAAUUGACCUUUUUGAGGUCAGAUUAAGUCAGACAGCAUGGUGACCCAGUUUUUUUUGUUGAAAGACACUGUGCACUUUGGAGAUCCCCACUGCAUACGACACGAGACCCCUGAUGCAGGGUGGCGAGAUCAGAAGGCUGGACUCCUGGGUCUCAUCGGGGCUGAAGCCUACUGCUGGAGUGGGGGAAGGGAAGCAGGGAGAGACUGUGUCAUCAUUCCACAGAGUUGGUCAUCAUUUCUCCCCACUAUAGGUUGAUUUCAAAAGGGACGAGAGGUCGCUUGGUCACGGAUGUCCGGAGGUGGUAGAUUUCUUUGCCUUCGGCUCUUGCUCCCGUUUCUUACUUUGGAUGUUGGCUUGUCAAAGCUGGUGAAGUGUACAUCUAAUUCUGAGAGAUGGUUUUAAAGUUGUCAGCAAAAAAGA